AAAUCAAAAAGACUCUGCCCUCUCCAACAGAUACUUCAGAUCGCAAAAAAGAUUGCGAGAAACGUUUACUGGGAGAUAUAAUCAAAGAGGCCCACAGUCAGGGCAAAUUUUUCAUGGGCAGCGGAGAACUAACGAAACUAUGGAACCAGUGCCCGAAUAAUCUGGAAGCCUGCAAAGGACGAGACUUUUUACCUUCUCUGGAGGAGUACUUCUCCGAAGCGAUACAGCAAAUUGAAAAUCCUGCCAAAGGAGACGAAAACCUCUUGAAAGACGGCAACUUCGGUUGGAGGGCUUUGCGACUACUGGCCAGAAGGAGCCCGCACUUUUUUACGUACGGAGCAACGAUUUUGAGUCCUCUGUCGGUCUACUUGGAGUCGAUGGUUAAAAAAGUUGCCCACGAAAUACCCGGCAAGGAAAACUCGCAAGAAAGUCAAAGUCAAAGCCAAAACGACACCGAACUUUAUAACAUCCUGACAGAAGAAGAACCGGCGUCGGAGGAUUUGAAGCAGAAUGAAACCGAGGAAUUCGUUGAUGACCCCAUUGUACGGCGAGAUAGUAAGAAUAUCACCUUGCCACAGUUGAUUUUGUUUAGCGGGAAAGUUGCUCCUGAUUGGGAAAAACUCGCUGUCAAGUUGGGUUUCAAACCAGACGAAAUAGACUUUUUCACGAAUGAGAACCCUACGAGAGAAGAACAGGCAAGAAACUUAUUACAGAUAUGGUUUGAAGACGAUGAGGAUGCAUCAUUAGAGAACUUGGUUUAUAUUCUCGAAGGAUUGGAAAUGAACGAUGCUGCGGAAGUGGUUAGAAGUGAAAUUCCAAACAAUAUGGAAAUAUGAACGUGAAAAAGGAAAUGAGAGGAAAUGUUUCUUUUAAGAAUAUGAGAAGUUGAGAAUUAAAUAUGUUUCAAUACUAUGAA